AUGGCAACACAUUACAUCUCCAUUGUUGUUUUGAUUGCUUUCCUCAUUGCAUGUUCAAGUGCAACCUCAGAAACAAUAUUAUCAGAUGUUAAUCUUCUUGAAUUUCCUCUUAAUUUAGAGUAUUUGGAAGCUGAAUUCUUUUUAUUUGGAUCGACUGGUCAUGGUUUGGAUAAAAUUGCUCCUGAGUUAGCUGAGGGUGGACCACCUCCUAUUGGUGCCAAGUUGGCUAAAUUCAAUGAUACUGUAAUUAGAGAUAUCAUCUAUCAAUUUGCUCUUCAAGAAGUUGGACAUUUGAGGGCCAUAAAGAACACAGUGGUAGGAUUCUCUAGGCCUUUGUUAGAUCUAAGUCAGUCCUCAUUUGCCAAGCUUCCAGAAAGCUAG